AUGGACAAAGCCAACAACAUCCCUAGGAACGACGAUGCCACCACUCAUACUUUCCAUAGCGCUCAGAGUAGCACUUACACCCUCACCGCCUUGCCUGAACCCGAGAAAGAGAAGGGCAAUCCCAAUGUUUCAGUAUCAUCAGUCGAUUUAGCAAAGGCCGAAAAACAACCAUGGGAAGGUUACCUCGACGACGAGCUACCUGACAAGGGGGAGGCAAAAUACGUUCGGAAUUUCCGACAUCAGUUAUUCACCAUAUAUCACCGAAUCUUUGGUGUGGUGUUUAUCGUCAACAUGUCAAUUUUCAUCGUGUACUGUGUUCGCGACGCAACUAUUCCUAGACUUGGUGUGACUACGACAGCAAACCUCUUCACCUGUAUUCUCAUGCGCCAGGACUACGUUAUCAAUGCUUUCUUCGCAGUCUUUUGCCACACUAUUCCAUUAUCAUGGCCAUUAUGGACUCGUCAACUGUUUUCUCGAGUAUACCACCUCGGUGGUAUCCAUUCUGGUACCGGUGUCAGUGGAACCAUAUGGCUCAUUCUUUUCGCUGCGAAAUCCACCUACGAAAAGACUCGUGGACAUACUCAGGAAAGUUUGGUUUUUUUGCGAAAUUUGUUCACUGAAAGUCCUGACUCGACGAUAUUACAGGUCUCCAUCGCCACAAUCGUUAUAAUGUACACAAUCUUACUUCUCCUACUCCUGAUGAUUAUCUUUGCCUAUCCAACCUUCCGUCAGAAGUUCCACAAUUCUUUCGAACGCGUUCAUCGAUUCAUGGGCUGGACUGCGGCCGCUUUGCUCUGGGUAUUGUCGGUCUUGAUCACGAAUGACUACAAGCCAAAAGAACAAUCUUUGGCCUACGCACUCAAGGUUUCAUCCUCCUUCUGGCUCACUGUCAUAUUGACAGCCUCCAUCAUUCUUCCCUGGUUGAGACUCCGAAAGGUUCCCGUACAAUGUGAAGUCCUUUCAGACCAUGCCCUCCGUAUCUUCAUCGACUCGACCGCGAAUGCUAUGCCGGGAUCCUUCAUGCGUAUUUCCCUAAGCCCCCUCUGGGAAUGGCACAGUUUCGCUACCAUCAGGGAACCAGGACGGACGGGUUACUCGCUGAUCAUUUCUCAAGCGGGUGACUGGACAACGAAUAUCAUCCAGAACCCUCCCGAGAAGCUUUGGAUCCGUGGAAUCCCAGUUUGUGGUGUCGUUCACAUUGUCCCGAUGUUCAGACGAGUUCUCCUUGUCGCGACUGGGAGCGGAAUUGCCCCUCUGAUCCCUCAGAUCUUAGCAAAGACGACAGAGCUGAGGCUUCUCUGGACAUCUCCGAAUGUUUUGAAGACUUUCGGUGCCAAAUUAGUUGACGAAGUCAUGGCGAAAGCUCCCAACGCCGUGAUUUACGACACAAGAAUUCAUGGACGACCAGACAUGGUCAAGUUGACCCACCGCAUGGUGGAUGAGUUCAAACCAGAAGCAGUGGUCGUCAUUUCCAACGAACCUUUGACGAGAAAAAUUGUGUACGGUAUGAUGAGUCGAGGUGUACUGGCAUUCGGCGCUAUUUGGGACUCGUAA